UGUGACCCCUCCGAGCCUCCAUUAAAUUAAAUGACUUCCCCACACCUUUUUAAUUUAUAAUUUAUAAUUUAUAAUUUACAGGGGGGUGUCACACUCAGUCUUGCUGUGUGUGAGUCACCAAUACAAAACGUUUGAAAACCACUGCACCAGACCAACAGCAGCAGUUUCAGGCGCUGGUGGAUGAGGGAUGCCUGGUCACCAAGGUGGGCCUCCAAGCAGCUGUUGAUGUGGGGGAGGUCUAAAAUAAAAUCGAGGACCUCCCCUUUGAUGGUCAUUUUCUUGGUCACCGUCACCUCAGCUAGAUGGGUCAGUGACCAGGCAGCCAUGAUGGCAGAUCCCCGUAUUCCACACAGAUAAAUUUUCCUUAUGGCCACACUCUAAAUUCCUCCCAAAAGUAGUGUCGGAGUUGCACCUAGAUCAGUGCAUUCACCUCUCUGUGUUCUGCCCCAAACCGCACGCCUCCCAUGCAGACAGGGUCCUGCACUCCCUCGACGUCCGCCGUGCCUUGGCAUUCUACCUCCACAGGACCGAUGCCUCUCACACGUCGCCGAAACUGUUUGUAGCCAUUGCUGACCGAUCUAAGGGCCAAUCCCUCUUCUCCCAACGAAUCUCCAAAUGGGUCUCUGGGUGCAUCCACGAAUGCUACAACGCUAUCCAACAGAUGGAGUCACAGCGCACUCUACACGAGCCUGCUUAGCAGAUGUCUCCUGGCAAGACAUCUGUCGUGCAGCAACCUGGUGCUCUGUCCACACGUUCAUGUCCCACUACUCCGUCGCCCAAGCGGCGGCUGCGGACGCUGCUGUAAGCUGUGUCGUACUGUUGACUGCACUUCCUCUCGUGUUCUUGCACCCAUCUCCAUGCUGAUUGUUGCUCGCUACUCACCUGUGUUUGGAAUCCAUGUAGGGACCAUCACUUGAAGAAGAGGAGGUUACUUACCUGUAACUGGAGGUUCUUAGAGAUGUGUGGCCCUUAUCAGUAUUCCAAUACCCGCCCUCCAGCUGCUGUGAUGCAGACUGGACUACUCAGUGGUAAGAGGGAUAUGGGAGAGAUGUUGACCCAUACGACCUAUUAUACACUUGUCUGUGAGCAUGAGGGGAUGCAGGACGCAUGUGCGGGUCAAUGGACAUUGCUAGGAAAACCUUGCAGACUCAGGCGUAUGGCACGCAUGUGUGCCCAUGUUUGGAAUACAAAUAGGGCUACCACAUCUCAAAGAACCUCUAGUUACAGGUAAGUAACCUCCUCUUUCCUAUCGGAGAUCCUGAGGUCAAAAUGGGAGUGACUCCCUAUGCCUGCCCCGGGGGCACCUCUCCAUCCCUAUUUCCAGGGUUAAUAGUCUGAGCACAGGUCAGGGAACCAGGAACUCCAGCAUUCUGAUCCCAGCUCUCACCCUGAUUGUCACUCUGGCUUUGGAUUAAUUCCUUAAUUUCUCUGAGCCAGAUUCAGCCCUGGUAUGAGCAGCGUCCACUGGCUGCUGUGUUGCCCUGGACUGGGGUGCAGGAGAACUGGGUUCGAUUCUGGCUCAGCCUCUAACCAGCCAGGUUAAUCAGUUCACCUUCUCGUGCCCCAGUUCCCAAUGGGGAAAUGGAUACUGUACAUCUCCAUAAAGACCUUUGCUGAAGAGCACUAUAGAAGUGCUAGGUAUUACUGUUACAGUGGGAGAUCCACCCACUUACUCUGGCUGAAUUUGGUCCUGGAUCAGUUUCCCCAUCUCUAAGCCAACUCACGAGUCUCUCUGGUCCCUUAAUCAGCCUUUUUACAUUGAACUGGUGCAAGGCAGUAAGGUGAAUGCAGAUGAGAGGAUGAAGUUGGUGGUGCAGGCAGGCCUUUACCAUGGCAAUGAGAUGCUCUGCAAGAUGGUGUCGAGCGCCGAGGUGAAUGUGUGUUCGGAGCCGGUGUGGAAACAGAGGCUGGAUUUUGACAUUAGCAUCUGCGACCUGCCCCGCAUGGCGCGGCUCUGCUUCGCCCUCUACGCUGUCAUCGAGAAGGCCAAGAAGGCACGAUCCACCAAGAAAAAAUCCAAGAAAGCUGACUGCCCAAUAGCCUGGGUGAACGUCAUGCUCUUUGACUACAAGGACCAGCUGAAAACAGGAGAGUGCUGCCUGCACAUGUGGUCGUCAUUUCCAGAUGAGAAAGGGGAGCUGUUGAACCCCAUGGGCACAGUCCAGAGCAACCCCAACACAGAGAGCGCAGCAGCCCUGGUCAUCUGCUUCCCCAGCGGCAUACCCCAUCCUGUGUAUUACCCAUCCUUCGAGCAGCUGUUGGAGUUGGGGAGGAACGGAGACUACACCCGCGCCACUCCAGAGGAUCCAGAGGAGAAGCAGCAGCUGAGGGAGAUCCUGGAGCGGAGGAGCCACACCGAACUCUACGAGCAUGAGAAGGACCUGGUGUGGAAGAUGAGGUUCGAGAUCUGGGACCAGUACCCAGAGGCCUUGGCAAAGCUCCUCAUCAUCACCAAGUGGAACAAACAUGAGGAUGUUGCCCAGAUGAUCUCCCUACUCCAGUCCUGGCCGGAGCUGCCUGUCCUGAAUGCCCUGGAGCUGCUGGAUUUUAGCUUCCCUGAUCGCUAUGUUGGUUCCUUCACUAUCAACUCAUUAAAAAAGCUGACAGAUGACGAAUUGUUCCAGUAUCUGCUGCAGCUCGUCCAGGUGCUCAAGUAUGAAUCCUACUUAGACUGUGAAUUAACCAAGUUCCUACUGGACAGAGCUUUAGCCAAUCGCAAAAUAGGACACUUUCUGUUUUGGCAUCUCAGGUCAGAGAUGCACGUCCCUGCAGUCGCCCUCCGGUUUGGCCUGAUUUUGGAGGCCUAUUGCAGAGGCAGCAACUACCAUAUGAAAGUUCUAAUGAAGCAGGGGGAAGCACUUAAUAAAAUGAAAGCCUUGAAUGACUUCAUUAAAGUGAGCUCUCAGAAGGCCACCAAACCACAAGCCAAGGAGAUGAUGCAUGUGUGCAUGAAGCAGGAGACCUAUCUCGAGGCACUUUCCAAUCUCCAGUGCCCCCUGAACCCCACCGUUAUUCUUGCUGAAGUUUGUGUGGAUCACUGCACUUUUAUGGACUCCAAGAUGAAGCCGUUGUGGAUUGUGUUUAAUAACGAAGAAGCAGGUGGAAGGGGAGUGGGCAUCAUUUUCAAAAAUGGAGACGAUCUCCGUCAGGACAUGCUGACUCUGCAGAUGAUCCAGCUGAUGGACGUACUCUGGAAGCAGGAGGGUUUGGACCUGAGGAUGACCCCUUACGGCUGCCUCUCCACCGGCGACAAGACGGGGCUGAUCGAAGUCGUCAUGCACUCGGACACCAUUGCCAACAUCCAGCUGAACAAGAGCAACAUGGCAGCCACUGCAGCUUUCAACAAGGAUGCGCUGCUGAACUGGCUAAAAUCCAAGAACCCAGGUGAAGCACUAGAACAAGCCAUCGAGGAAUUCACUCUUUCCUGCGCUGGGUACUGUGUGGCAACGUACGUGCUGGGCAUAGGGGACCGGCACAGCGACAACAUCAUGAUCCGGGAAACUGGCCAGCUGUUUCAUAUUGAUUUUGGCCACUUCUUGGGGAACUUCAAGACCAAAUUUGGUAUUAACAGAGAACGGGUUCCUUUUAUCUUAACCUAUGACUUUGUGCAUGUGAUCCAGCAAGGGAAAACUAACAACAGUGAGAAGUUUGAAAGAUUCAGGGAUUACUGUGAAAAAGCCUACAUGAUCCUGAGGUGCCAUGGUCUUCUCUUCCUGCAUUUGUUUGCACUGAUGAAAGCUGCUGGCCUGCCAGAACUCAGCUGCUCUAAAGACAUUCAGUAUCUCAAGGAUUCUCUAGCUUUAGGAAAAACAGAUGAGGAGGCAUUGAAGCACUUCAGACUAAAAUUUAAUGAAGCCCUGCGAGAGAGCUGGAAAACCAAAGUGAACUGGUUGGCGCACAAUGUAUCCAAAGAUAAUAGACAGUAAUCAGCCUGCAUGUGGUCCAGGUGCUCUAGGAGAAUGUAAUAGCAGUGGCCAUGAGCCAGUUGUAUAAAGACUCCUGAAUGUUGCUGAUCAGCACCUGCACCUCAAGUGUUUGAGAAGAGUCUACAGAACCAACAGCUGCAUAAGCCCAUUCUAAAUCUCUAGGGUGACAGCAUGAGGCAAUAAGAUUACUGGGUACACUGAAAGGUAGGUGAAGCUUGCAAAUGUAAGUUCUUAAGGAUGCAGUCCAUCGUUUAAGGGUAGAGGGGAGGCAGUUGUGCUACUUCAGUACAUUCCUCACCUACUGCUCAGUUUUAGGGAUGUGGAGGUGUGCUCAGAGGCUGUAAUUUGGCCAGUAGCAUAUCAACUUUUUAAAGCCAGACUAGAUUAGCACUAGCAGUGAACAAUGGAGAGACAAUAGCAUGUUGGUGCAUCUAAUAACUUCAGUCCCUCUCUACAUAAAGUGGAAGGUGCUGCUGGGCAAUACUUUUUCUAGUUGAAGAUUUCACCAGCUUACCCCCACCCCUUCAGGGAUGUAUUUUAAUAAAGCAGCACAAGAUGGUAUACCUGUUUUGAGACAGUCAGAAGAUAAUGCUACUAAGCUCUCUCUAUAUAUAAACAAACUACAGGAAUUCCUCACUUAGCAUUGUAGUUAUGGUCCUGAAAAAUGCAACUUUAAGCAAAUCCAAUUUCC